AUGACCGGCGUGGUGUUCGGCCUCGGCGCCGCGUGCACCACGGGCUGCAUCGUCGCCUUAGACGUCCGGAGGAGGCGACUGCGACUGCAGCGGAAGCAGCCGUUGGACCAGGCAUCUGCGGCCGCCUCUGCAGGGCCAGCCGACGGCUCCUGCCUCGCCAAGCUCAGGCGGCGGCGCCCCGCAGAGCGGCCUGGACCCGCUCGCGAAAGCGGCGAGGCGGCACUGCCCGGCGAGGGGCACGCCGCGGCGGAGGCCGACGUCGGCGGGGAGGGUACGCUACCGAGGCCGUCGGCGGUGACGUUCGCCAUGCAUCCCGGGGAGCUGGUUGACCAUGCGCUCGGCGAGGGCACCUCAGGGCCGCUGAGCCCCGACGAGGAGGUGCUCAAGCAGGCCGCGGAGCAGGAGCUCACGGAAGCCUGCUGGGCAAACGACGUGGUGCGCAUCGAGGCGGCGUGCCGGCGCGCGGAGGCUGCGAAGGUCCACCACGUCCGCAUCCAGACGGCGCGGCUGAAGGCUCAGAAGGCCGCCCUGAGCAGCUCGCGCGUGGAGCUCCCACCAGUGCCCACCUAG